CAAUACCUCAAUUAGUACUAAGAGAUUUUGAGAGAGAUAUAUGGGGAUGUACUCUUCUAAGUUUGUUGGUAUCUUGUUAGGCCUCUUGCUUGCCUAUCAAGCUUCACAUUGCUUGGCUCAUCCCUUGCACAAGUACUGGCCAUCCGGGGGCUCAACAAGAUACUAUGACUUCAAGAUUCAAAGGACAAAGAUCACAAAGAUAUGCAAAACAAGGGAGAUCGUCACCGUCAACGGCAUGAUGCCCGGGCCCGUAGUUUACGCCAACGAAGGCGACCGUGUCAUUGUCAAAGUCACCAACGAGACUCCUCAAAAUGCUACGAUCCACUGGCACGGAGUAUAUCAGAGGCUGACCUGCUGGGCUGACGGGCCGGUGUACGUAACCCAAUGUCCGAUCCAGGCAGGACAGACAUACACGUACGAGUUCACCAUCGUCGAGCAGCGAGGCACGCUCUUCUGGCACGCCCACGUGUCGUGGCUCCGGGCAACCGUGCACGGGGCCAUCGUCAUCUACCCUAAGAAAGGAGUCCCUUACCCCUUUCCCCGCCCUUACGAGGAGCAGAUCAUCGUGUUUGAGGAGUACUUCUUUAAGGAUGCGGUGAAGCUUCAGAGAGCUGUAUUGCGUAGCGGCGGAGGAGCUCCGCGUACUGAUGCGUAUCUCAUCAACGGGCACGCUGGUCCUCGCUACAACUGCUCCGCCACGGAUGUGUACAAGGUCGACGUGAUUCCGGGCAAGACGUACCUCCUCCGCCUAAUCAAUGCCGGCCUGAACCAAGAGCUCUACUUCUCCAUCGCCGGCCACAAGAUGACCAUCGUUGAAUCCGACGCCGAGUACACCAAGCCCUUCGCCAGGGACCACAUCAUGAUCGCUCCCGGUCAAACCAUCAACGUCCUCGUAAAGGCCGACCAGCCCAUCGCGAACUACGAGAUGGCCGUGGGCCCCUACGUCACCGCCCAGAACAUCACCUUCCAGAACAUCUCCGCCGUCGCCCACUUCCAGUACUCCGGCGCCAGUCUCAACAAAGCGGCCGAGCUCGCGAUGUUGCCGGCGUUCAACAACAACCUCGUCUAUAAUUCCCACCUCGACGGCCUUCGUAGUCUCAACGCCAAUUCUCUCCCGCUCAAAAUCGAUACAAAUUUGUUCUUCACGAUUGGACUCAACAUCGAUCCUUGCAAUCGAAGAAACCCGAACAAGACGUGCACGGCUCCGAACGGAGGGAUAUUUAGGGCCUCUAUGAAUAACAUAAGUUUUGUUACCCCGAGUCUUUCGAUUCUGCAGGCGUACUUUUUCGACACCCCCGGGGUUUUCAGGCCGGACUUCCCAAAAAAGCCGCUGAAGUUCUAUAACUUCGUUUACGGAGCGCCCAACAAUAUCCCGAAUAACACGGCGGCGACGAACUCGACGAGGUUGGUGGAGUUAGAGUUCGGGGAGACCGUUCAGCUGGUGAUGCAGAACACCGGGACGAUCACGACGGAGAACCACCCGAUGCAUUUGCACGGGUUCAAUUUUUACGUGGUUGGAUUCGGCACGGGGAACUAUAAUCCGAGCACUGCGGAGUUCAAUUUGGUCGAUCCGCCGUCCUUGAACACGAUUGGUGUUCCGGUCGGUGGAUGGGCAGCGAUAAGAUUCACAGCCAACAAUCCAGGAGUGUGGUUCAUGCAUUGUCACCUUGAUAUACAUCUAAGUUGGGGAUUCUCAAUGGCUUUCCUUGUGAAGAACGGGGUGGGGCCCUUGGAGACUCUUCCUCAUCCUCCUGCGGAUUUGCCAAGGUGCUAAGUAAACGAGAGAAGGAAAAAAAAAAAAAAAAGAGGAAGGGGAGAGG